GAAUUAAUUCAAACAGAAACACUAUCACAGUUAGGAGUUGUCUUUAUUGUGUUUAUGUUAGGACUUGGAUUUUCAUUUGAAAAACUUAAAUCUUCAUUGAAAUUUGCACUUGGCAGUACAUUAUUGAUAUUCGGUUCAACUCUUUGCUAUUUUAUUUUUGCUGGUUUCAUAAUUGGUGCAAGUAUCAAUCAAUCUAUUUUUAUUGGUGCAUGUGUGUCACUCUCUAGUACAACUGUUGUUGAACGUUUGAAAUAUCAAGAGCUUGAACCAUUAUAUGGUUUAUUGGUUGUGCAAGAUAUGUUGUUUGGACUUUUAUUGGCAGCGUUACCAGCUCUUUCUAAAUCUGGAAUGGAUGCAAUUUUAGCUAUUGGUCAUUUGUUUUUAUCUUUAGUGAUAUUUUUCGGAUUAAGUUAUUUAAUCACCAAACUUCCAGUUGCUUGGGUUCUUAGAACAUCCAAAAAAGCCAAAAACCACGAACUUUUCAUUCUUAGCUCAAUAUCAUUAUGUUUAGUGAUGUCACAGCUUUCACUUUCACUUGGUCUUGGCGUUGAAAUUGGUUGCUUUGUUGCAGGAACAUUCAUACAUAAUUGUAGACAUAUUAUUGACUCUUCAAUCAGCACGGUCGAGCCAAUUAAAGAUUUGUUUUCAUGUUUAUUUUUUGCCAGUAUAGGACUUCACAUUUAUCCCAGCUUUUUGAUUAAUGAAGCACCACUGUUGCUUAUACUUACUGCGGGAGCUGUAGGAUUUAAAUUUAUUAAUAGUAGUCUUGCGUUAGUGAUAUUAGGGCAUCCUAUUCAACAUGCUUCAACAAUGGCUGUUGGUUUAUCUCAAAUUAGCGAGUUUGUGUUUGUGCUUGGAAGUCGUGCAAAAGGAUACGGAAUCAUAUCGAGAGAAGUAUACUAUCUUCUAUUAACGACCACUUCUUUAACACUUGUGGUGACACCGAUAUUAUGUUACAUAUUAUUCAAUAAAAGGAAAGGUCUUGGUAGUAUUGGUGGUUACAGUGAUCCGGGUGGGGAUAGAAAAUUUAUGGACUAA